AUGGCGAGACAUGCGCCCACUAUUGUGGCCGAUAUGGCUGAUAGGGUAUAUCGUUAUAUGAUGGGGCUAGAUCAUCAGUUGGUGGAUAGCUACAUGGACAUGGCUUCUCAGCCAGGCGGGCAGCCUCAACAGUAUGGUAGAUACCCUUCCCAGCCAGCCCAGAGUGCACCCUUACAAUUCAUAAGUAGGAGGUUUGAUAGCACAGGGUAUUCAGGAGAUGGUCAGAGCUCCAGGAUUUCAGGAUCACAAAUGAAUAGGGAAUUGCAUCAGUCGAGGACACCUUUGAAUUGGUGUUCUCAUUGUGAUAGGUCUCAUUUUGGGGAAUGUCAUUUUGUUCCGAGUGCUUGUUUCACUUGCGGCCGUCAAGGCCAUUUUAUAAGAGAUUGCCCACUUAAGGGUAACCGAGGUGGUGUAACCCAGCCUACUAGGUCAGUUGCUGGUUCUUCAUCUUAG